AUGUCUAUAAGAUCAGUCAGAUUGUCAAAUCCAGAACCUUUGAUUGUUAAAGCUGAUGAAGAUCCAAUAAUGUUUAGGCAAGAAUUGAAAUUUUUUUAUACUGAAUUGAAAUUUUUUUAUACUGGUGAAGAAGAUCAUUCUGACAAUGGUGAUUUAGACAUUGUAGUUGAAGAAGAAGAAGAUGAUGAUGAUGACAAUCAAAAAUUAACACCAGUCACCUUCAAAGCUCAUAGAUUCAUGCUAGCCUCAAGAUCCGAUUAUUUUAAGGCGAUGUUAAGUUCAAAUUUCAAGGAUUCUAAAACUGCCAGCAUACGUCUAGACGCAUCAAUAUUUAAUAAUACAUCCUUAAAUCUAAUACUCACUUAUAUUUAUACUGGUAAUUUAACUUCUCACUCAAAACCAUUGACUUUAGAAACUUGUGAGUGGGUUUGGAUAGGUGCUGAUUUUUUGGGCAUAAAAGGUUUAUGUGAUGAUUGUGUUCAUAAAAUUUCAACAAAAGCACAUUAUUUUACAUGCACUUGUGCUGAAUGUCAAGUU